ACUGUAGGUUGUGACGGAGUGCUGGGUUCUGAAAAAACACUUGACCAGUGUGGGGUUUGUGGAGGAGAUAACAGCACGUGCCGUAUAGUCUCCGGUCUGUUUACUCGACCUAACCUACGAACAGGAUACAAUUUGAUAGCCAGAAUUCCUCGUGGCGCUUGUAACAUCAAUGUUACUGAACUGAAACAUAGUCAGAACCAUCUAGCCAUUAGGACAAACAGUGGCGAAUAUGUUAUCAAUGGAAACUGGAAUAUUAAUUGGUCCGGAACAUACAACGCUGCUGGAACGACUUUCUUUUACACCAGGAGGAAUCACAUUACUCAGCAAAUGGAAAAUAUCGUUGCAAAGGGUCCAAUUAACCAAGAUGUUCAGAUAUUAUUGGUGAUGUAUAAAACCAAUAAUCCCGGAAUAAGGUACGAGUAUAUGUUACCGUUGAAAGAGAGGUCAACGUUAUCACCUCCUAACUUCAGGCCGAUUUCUUCAGCUUCCUCUAGUCUUCCAACGUCAUUCCCAUCGUGGCGUACACCAGGCUCCUUUUCUAUGCGUGGAGCUCAUCAGGGAAGGGACCAAUCUAUUAUGGCCCUCGAGCCUGGUACCUAUAAUAAAAACAGAAGACCAAGGACAAGAAACCGACAAGCAAACAGAGAAGAUUCUAUGACACAUCCUUACCUGUAUCAGCGUACUUCCACAGGCUUAGAAACUCCAUUUGGAAAUACUAACAGUCUGAAUGUUCGUUAUGAUAUUGGAAAGAAAAAUGCCGACGUUUUCGAAUGGAAAGUGUCAGGUCUUACAGAAUGUUCUGAGUCAUGCGGCGGGGGAAAACAAAGCACACUGAUUGUGUGUCGAAGAAGAGACAACUUAGUUGUAGUUCAUGAUCACUACUGUAACCCACUUCAUAAGCUCAAAUUGCAGACGUUUCAGUGCAACACGCAUCCUUGUCCAGCGAGCUGGUUUCCAGGAGAUUGGGGUCCAUGCAGUACUACCUGCGGGGAUGGUACUCAAACCCGCGACGUUACUUGCAAACAAAGAGUCUCUCCAAGGGUGAUAAUGAAAGUGACUGAACGAGCCUGCUUUGAUUUAGAAAAACCUCUUUCCAAGCAGAUGUGCCGGGUACAGACAUGUGUUCACUGGAAAACAGCCGACUGGGGAGAAUGUUCUACUCACUGUGGAAAGGGCAUGAGGAAAAGACAAGUUCGUUGUGUAACACAAGAUAGUGAAGCCGAAGUCCCCGAAUCUAAAUGUACCGACAGUAAACCUGAUAACGAAGAAAUGUGUGAUAUGGGACCGUGUGACAACGCCUGGUUUUUCUCACCUUGGACAGAAUCAUGUUCAGCAGAAUGUGGAGCGGGUGUACAGAGUAGAAAAGUUCUGUGUUUGCAAGGAACCACUAAUGACAGUGUAAAAGGAACGUGUGACACCUCCACGAGACCGAAGGAAACCCGUCCUUGUCCCAGCACGAAAGGAUGUGAUGGUCAGUGGUUCACUGGCUCCUGGAGCCAGUGCUCUGAGACGUGUGGUCCAGGCAAAAAGAAAAGAGAGGUGAUCUGUAUGACUUUCACCAGAGGGCAGUGGUAUUCCGCCCUAGACAUAAACUGUCACAAAAAGAAAAAACCUGACACAACUGAAGCAUGCAACCAGAAGGCGUGUGGCCCAGAAUGGUACACAACUUCAUGGACGGAGUGUUCUAGAUCCUGUAAUACCGGUGUACAGUCACGAGAAGUUUCGUGCGUGAGUGAGAAUCAACAAAUAAGUCAGGAAUGUCCCGUAGGAACAAAACCAGCACUGAGAAAGGCAUGUAGCACUCAGGAGUGUCCCGGAUCAAACAUAGCUUCUGGGUGUGUGGAUCAGUUUAAAAAUUGUGAUCUUGUCGUUCAAAGUCGCCUCUGUCGCUACAGUUACUACAGACAGAUCUGCUGCAACUCUUGUCAUGGUAUGAGAUAAAAUAACUCCAUUCGAUCUUAACAAUAAACCGCGAAAAUCGUAAGUGACGUUUGUCCAAGAACAAACAUUUCUGGUUUACUCUCCACACAGGGUGUUUAUGACCGCCUAAAACCUGGUGCUUCUCAUUAAUUGUUGUUCCUAUGGAGCCUAUUGGCAACUAUCAAUUACCGUAUUUUUGUUUUGUCUUAAAAUGCCACAGUGUUAAUUGGAGCUCAACCAACACAAGAUUUGAUGGUCCGGAGACCAGAGUGCCAUAUUUCUAACGUAAACCUUGCAGGAAUAAAAACGUAACUUCUGCUAAAUGAGAUGAUACCUAAACUUUUUUCUUUCUUAACGUCUCGAUACUUUGAGUAUAUUGUACCAACCAAUAUCAUUUCCAGCAACUUGUUAUCAUUCGCCUCUUUUUCAAGAACUGGAGAAAUCUGGGAACAUUUUCUGCUUCUUAAACUGUCCUUUUUAGGAACGACUGGCUGAGGCUUUUAAGUUCACACCCGUUGUCAUGUUUUCCAAAAAUUUUGUCGGUCGAUCAAUUUUUGUUAAAACUUCAAUAGACAGGCAUUUGGAGUCCAUAUUAUACUGUGAAAAUGACUGAAAUUAGGCUGUAAUUGUUCGAUUAAACAAAUGAAUGGUGGUUUUUGUAACGAAGUAUGCCACCGUUUUGUUAUCCGAGUUCGUCAUAAUUUCAGAACUCUACUCCGUUGACACACAAACUUAUGCAUCGUAACCUCAAACAAAUAUCAACAUCGCCGAAAGCUUUGGUUGCAAUUCUUAUGGAGGUAAUGAAAACUGAUUGUUAUGAAAUUAUUAAUGUUACUGUUUUAAUUUCUUGGUUACUGAACUACAUAACAUUACUUAUAAGCAGUUUGACUUAAAACUUCAGUAGGAUUAGAACGUGUUUGUUUUCGAAUUUUUCUAUUAUUUUUCACUUAUUGACCCAUUUUUAAGAGAACUAAAGAAAGUGUUGGACUUUUAUCAUAUUGUAAACGAUUUUCAUUUAUUUCAUAGUAACGGUUUAACUUGAUUUGUCUUGAAAGAUAGAGGUUUCCACUCCUUGAUUCACAACUCUGAAAAGCAAACUUUUUACUCCCUGCUUGAUUAACCUUGAAUGUUACAGGUUCCUACUCCAUGUUUAUUAGACUCGAAAGGUCCAGUUUUUCCACUCUGUUUUUGUGAACGAAGUGUACAGGUUUCCAUUCUUUACUUAAUUAACUAUGAAAGGUUCCGGUUUCCACUCUAUGAUUUAUUAACCUUAAAACGUAGAGCAAUUAAACUUGAAUGGUAUGAUUCUCUGCUCGCUGUUCGUUUCAAGUUAAAGACUACAGGUUCAUUUUCCUUCCUAGAUUAAGCUUGUACUCAGUGCCUUAAAAUAUCAGGCUGGUAUUCCCUGCUUGAUUUGCCUUAUAAACAUUAGGUUAGUGUUUUCUGCUUGAUUAGUCUUGAAACAUUAGGCUAGUGUUCCCUGCUUGUUUAGCUUGAAAAACAUUAGAUUAAUAUUCCUUGCUUGAUUAGCUUUACAACAUUAGCCUAGUGUUCUCUGCUUAAUUAGGCUAGUAUUCCCUGUUCGAUUAAUCUGGUGAUCUAUAACCAACAGUUGGCUAGCCUUGUGGUAUGUAUACAUAUUUCUAUGCUAGAGUAACCCUGUAGAAUUAUACACCAAUACAUUAUAUUUGUUUAUUACAGCAGUGGUAUGGUCCUAUUAAUCUGGAUUGGUUAUAUGAAUAUUCAGUGUUAUGUUGAGGAAUUCAUUAUUGUAAUAACACAGACUUAUGUUUCUCACUUAAUCAUUUUACACUGCUUUGUUGUUUAUACAAUUGUCAGUCACUCUAUUGAAGGUUUUCCGGGUAGUAUUUGAGUAACGGUAGAUAUAUAUAUAUAUAUUCAAUUUAAAAGCAAUUUUCCAUCUUAAUAUAUAAUGGUCGUCCAUUACAUAAA